AUGUUAACACGUGAUCUGCUUCUCUGCGCUCUUCCUCCAUCAUCCAUCCUUAUUUCGUAUUUUGGCGAUCAUUCGUCACUCGUGAUUUGCUUCGUGGCAGCCAUUAAACCACGCCCACUUUCUGCCAAUUCAAUGGCAGUUGUCAUGUAUUCAGUAAAGCUAUUGCUACUCUCACUUGCUGCACUGGUAUGUGGAGGACGUUUCCCGGAUCCCCCUGUGUUCGCCGCACCGCAGCACUAUCCCAGUAUUUGCUAUCUUCCUCCUGACUCUGGAUUGUGUCCACAAAAUGGAGCCUCCGCGGAGGAGUUAUCACCGGACCUGCUCACCAGUAGAUUCACGUUCACAUUUCGUCGGACGAGUUCGUGGUUGAUUCGGAACAGGAGCAGCGAGGACGAAAAACAUCAUUGCUGGUUGAUUGUUGGUUGGUUGAUUUUAAAUACUCUUCCUGGCUCAAGACAACUUUUAAAAACCAUUUCCACAUGCACCACGAUUGCAUUUCUGAUUGAUUUGCAUUUCUACAUGUUUCUGCUCCGCCAGCAUCUUUCACACUAG